AUGGUGGGCCAGCGGCUCUCCAAAUACAUCGCCAGCUGGGGGCUAGAGCCACAGGACGUGCCCAAAGUGAUUACCACCUUUCUGGGCGCCAAGUAUGUAACGCUUUGCGUCUUCGUCGGUGUGGGCGCCGCCUUCCAGCCAUUACGCCGCAUCUUCCCGCGGCAGCAGGUGUCCAGCGCCUGGUACCAAGUCCGUGCUUGGGCGGCGGAGCAGCGGCGGCGCAAGGAGCUGCAGACGAAGUGGGGCGGGUGGUACAUGUGGACUUCGGAGAAGUACUGGCGGCUCAGUGACAAGUUCCAGGCCUCCUUGGACCGCAGCAAGCUCUGGCAGCACUUCGCACAGCGCUUGGGGAGCCGCAACCCCCGGGCCCUGGUCUUGGGCCUUGUUGAGGGCACCAUCCUGUGCAAGGUGACCUUCCCCAUUUGGGGCCCGCUGGAGCUGUGGGCCAUCAUGCACUUCAUGAAGCACAGAGGCGCCAUAGCUGCGACAAGCCCGGAGGGGGAUCUCUAUGAGCAGUACUCCCACGCGGCGAACGCUACGGAAGACGCUCAGGACAUGUCUCCUGGCUUCUUGUAA